ACAGUCAGAGGGUGUGACUCCGCCUAUUGAUCAAAGACCAUCCUCCUUCCUUUUGUCUUUCCUUCACUUGGUUAACUUCUCCAAAAGCCGCGUGGACUUCGGUCACGCUAUUCAAACCUCCUGCCAGGCCUUUUUUUUUUUUCCCCCUGCUGCUCUUCAGUCCGUGGGAUUCUGUUACAUCCGGCCUGACAAGUCCAGAACCAGGCAGCGGGGCAGGACAGCCCAUUUCCCCCCCUGCAGCAGUUCUCACAAGCUGCCUUUCAUGGAGUUUUUGUGGAAACCAUUAAUUGCCAUCAGUGCAGCGGCGAGAUCUGGGCCUGUGUCAGCGUGCCACCAUAUUGAAAGUUCCUACAUGAAGAACAGCCACUCCAUGCAGACUCUCGUUGACCCAGUGUUUUAAAGCAAGAUGCCAUUAUUCGACGGAACGAUAACACCUACAGUUCCGCCAAAACCACAAAAUAUGCAAGAUUUCUUGCAUAAGCAGGCACUGCAGUACAGCGGGGUAUAUUUUGCUUAUGACCCUAGAAGAAGGGAAGGAGCAGGUUUCCCUGUGCUGGAUGGCCGGAAUCCUGCGAGUCACCUAUCUGGUAUGGAGGGACACAACCACAUAUUUUACAGGCAAGAAAAGAAUUCUCCAGAAGAAGAACAUUCUCAUUCUUCCGUCUGUCAUGCUCCAGUAAAACAGGGGUUUGCCUUGUACACUAAAAGUCCUGGGAGCAGUAACGCCACAGCUUCCGCAUCAGUGACUGUUGGAGAACCAAAAACUGGAGGUGAGAAUUUACCUCCUCCGUCUGAAAACUCCAUCUACCUUGCCGUUCCUAAGCCAGUUUAUGGACACAGUCCUUGCUGUAAUGAAGUGGGCUGUGUGAUGGGACGAUACAGUGUGGAGCAUGGCUCGCUGAGGAUACCGAAAAAUGUCUACCAGCACGACUGGAUGCAGAGUGAUGGUCAUUACACUGAAAGGCAACCCAUUGAGAGAAAGACGCAGGACACGCUGCUGCAGCAGAGAGGUUUACAGUAUGAGCACAGUGCUGAACCACUCAAGAGGAUCAGUGUGGAAACAUACAGUCCGAGUCCGACUAGGACUUUGCCUGCUAUGAUUGACCCAAACUACAGCGGUUACCCUUGCACCCCAACUCGCACACUGUUAAAUUCUUUAAGUGAGCGCAGCCAGCGGUUACAGGCCUCCCCCAGAAGCUACCCCAGUUUAUACCCCUCCCAUCCUACAUAUGAGCAUAUGACCUCAGAGGUUUAUCAGGAGCGUUCUCCCAUGUCCAAAUAUGGCCAGCUAACACAGUACCCAGUGUUUUACUACCCCCAGGCAAACGAGGAGCCACAGAACAGCACACAGUGUAAAAGCAUUGGCAGUAAGCAGAGAGAAGAUGUCCCUGUUAUACUUAAACACACAAUCUCAAACCCCCGGGAACAUUACAUAGUGCCUCAGUCACUUCAUGGAGAAAUUCCUUUGCCUCGAUCUGAAACCUUGCCAAAUCAUUCCUUCUUGCAAGGCUUCGACUAUCCAUGCUACGCGGUCCCUAGAAUUAAUUUAAAUGCAAGCCAAAUCAGAGUGCCCCUUACUAAGCAGCAUCCAUUUCCCAGUUUUCACAGUAAUGGCAUAAAUGUUUCCCCAUCUAGUCAACAUCGGGACCAUCCCUUGACGUCUGCGGUCAAUCUACAUAAGGACAAGCCCAACACCAGCCUGCAUGUUGAGCAGCCCAAUCCCUCCUCACCAUUCCUCUGCAGGAAUCUGUCCAGUUCAACCAGAUGUACAAACCACCCCGGCGUCUCACCACCAAACAUAAAAACAAGUCGCUUUUUUCCUUCAAUCUCCAGUCUGCUCGUAGACCAGCACGUCUGUCCACCAGGUGGUUUGAACAUGAACAGACUGAUGGACUAUCCCCCCUGUGAAUCCCACGUGCCAUGGCCAGAACAGCCAAAAUAUCUUCCUGUUUCCCCGGGAGCAUGGCUGCCCCGACCUCCCAGUCAGAGUUCAGAUCGCAUCCACACAGCUGUGAGUAACGGUGCAAAUGUCAGAAAAAUAAUUUAUUCCCCUGCUGUCCCACAAGGAAAUAACAACAAUAGUCCUAUAUCCACUUCAGGCACCACUGUUAUUAAAGGGUGUUUGAAGAGAAGUGUUUCUCAUCCAUCACCACCUAUCAAAAUAAAAGAAGAGAGUAGGGAUUUUUGUGAAGUGGACUCGAAGAAACGACAAAAGCUGGAAGUGAUGGAGAAGGUCAAAGUAGAAAAUAACGCUGCUAAACAUCCUAUGCCAGUUAUUGACAGUGUCUUUAGUUUGGCACAGUACCAAACAUACCUGCAAGGCACCAGAAUUAUAUCUGCAGGCCAAGUCCCUCAGAGUACUGGUCAGUCCUCUGAGGAUGGUGAAGUCAAAAUCAAACCAGAAGUCAAACUGAAAAUGCCAGAUCGAGAUGAAGAGCAGCCUGUUGUCUCUGUAGUUCCCCACGAAACGUGCCCAGAUACUCCAAUAGAGCAGCCUGUUGUAGAAAUCCCUAAACACAAGAAUAUCAAACUGGAAAAAGUAGAUUCGACAGACGCAGAUGACGCUGCAGACUCUCUUGUGAGUCAGCAGGAGUACAGUAAAGUCAUCAUCAAACAAGAGCCCGAAGAGGCUGAUUUAUAUGAUGGUGAACACAUGCUGGUGAUAGAAAAAUGUGAAGCAGAUGAGCCUGAAUACAAAGCCUCUUAUACAGAUGAAAAAAAGACUUCAGAUGAGGCUAAACCUGUUGAGUUGACCACACCGAUGCACUCGUCUUCUGACACAUACACACCGCAUGAGCAGGCGGCCACCCUUCAAUCCACACCCAGUACUCCAAUGCAAGUAUCUGAGAGCAACGUAGAUUUCAAAAACGUUCCUCCCCAGUACUUAAAACUGACCGCGGUCAGAAUCCUUCUCCCUGACAUUAAAUAUUCCAGUCCAGCUCCUCCACCAGAGAAGUCACCAGUGCAGCCAACAGCCGAUGGCGCACCAAAACUAGAGCUCCAAACGCCGGCCCGCAAGCACUUCCUCGAGUUGCACAAUUCCCUGUGCAAGCUAGUGUCUAAAUCUGUGUCGGCCUCUUCAGAGCAGGAGCUGAAAGCCUGGUUGUCUCAGUUGCAACUGACUGAUCCUACAUCUCCGUCAACCAAAGUCCAGAAGGUGUCAUGUUUGCUGGGGGUAAACGCCAGAGAAAAGUGGCUCAAUGAGGAGAUGACGACGGCCCUUCAUAAGGUCCUCGAGAGGCUGCGAGAGUACACCAGCCAGAAGCGCUGUCCUUUCCCACACGUCAUGAGAGCGGGAGCCGUGUUUCUCCCCAUGCUGGUGAUGAAGGAGCUGCUGUUUCCGGUGGUCCAGGGCACUUUCAUCGACCAGGUCCUGCACGAGCACAAAGUGGAGCUGCGUCCCACGACGCUGUCCGAAGAGAAGAUCCUCAUCCAGCUUCACAAGCGGGCCUGUUCCUCCCGGCUCAGGAGACUGAUGUCCCUCAAACACUUGCCCGAUAUCUACGCCGACGUGGUCAACCUUUUGUAUCACGCCUGCGUUUGCAAACAUCUCGGAUUAGAAGUAGACGAUCCCGCCAAAGGAGAAGACAAUGUGAGUGAGGAGACUCCUGUAUUUUCAAAAUUUAGUGCCUCACCGGUCUCACCCCCAGAGUCGCACCCACAGAAACCCCCAAAGGACCAGGAAACAAAAUCACAUUUGAACAGAAAGAGAACAAAAAGCAGGGUAAAAAGCAGCUCACGGCGCAUGUUUCUUGAUAGCACUUUGUCAGAUGAGGAGGCGGCGGCAGGUGACAUGGAGAAGAACAGCGUGUUCAGUGGAUUUUGCCGGACAAACUUAAGUGAUCAGUCUGCAGAUGGUGAGAACAGAGGAAAUAACAGUCUGGAUUCAGAGCUGGAUUCUUCUCUCGUUCCACAAAGCCCAACACCUGACAAUUCAUGGACGUGUCCUCUAACAUUGGACCAACUUUCUCCGUCUCCCUCUGACACAGUAACGGAGGACUUGUCCACUCUGCAGCCUGGUAUUCGGUCCUCAGGUUCAGCCUCAUCUCCUGUUGACUCCAAGAAUUGUUCAGGCAUGAUUCUCAAACUACGAAAGAUGUUUGGCAGCACUCUUCACAAAAGAGCUCACUACCAAGCGGUGUCAUACUCUGGGACAUACGUCGAUCCCUCCGUCUCAAAGACUGGGGACGGGGAGGAAGGCGUGAGCAAUAAGAGCAACCUUUGCAGGAUGCCCAAAGCAAACCACAGGUGGCAGAGGACCGGUAGCAUCUCUCACACCUUAAGACCCCUCAACCCUUCUAAAGGAACAUGCAGGCCACACUCAAAGAUCAAAUACUGUCCCUACUUGUCUGCCUGCCACAGUGCUGAACACAGAAGACGGUGGGUCCUGCGUUCAGCUGUGCAGAGGGCUCGCAAGGCCAUAAGGAUCCAUUACCCAGACCUGGUGGGAAAGAGGAUCCGCCAUCUGUAUGAAGAAGAUGACAAAUCAGAAGUGUGGUAUAGUGGAGAGGUGGUACGUAUCCACGAGGCCAACACCAACCCUCUAAAGACUAUAUUUGAGGUCAGGUAUGACAGUGAACCGGAAUGGAAGUACUAUCUCGAGCUGCUAAUAGACUAUAAAAAAGGCUGGCUAAAAGUUGAAGAUUAGUUCUCACAUGGAAAUAUCACUGUGCCCUCUUGUGUUUUUUACUUGCCAGCAAAAGGCUGUUAAGUCAUAUUUCUGGCCUCCUGAAGAAUGAAGUUUGGACUGGAUUUUUUUUUUUUUUUUUUAGGUCAGCCAAAUAUUAUUUGUCACUCGAGAGCCACAGGGCACAUUCUUCUUUGGGGAUGGAAUGUUUGCAGCAUCCUGUAGAUGUUUUUGAGUGCUUAUCGAUGACACAUCUAGCUUCUCUGGUUUAUUCACUUAUUUGUCCCGACGUGAAAGAAAAGCAGCUUAUUAAAACAAAUCCCUGAUUUAAAAAAAAUAUUUCAAUUGUAAGCAACUGUGAAAUUGCCUAUUUAUUUUCCACUAUUCUGUUGUUUUUUAAACUAAGUUAUUGACUGGCAGUUUACUAGUGCCAGUGUUGUCGUCAUAGUGAUUUCUAUCCUGAUGAUGGUUUGGUUAACGUACUGUGUGUAAUUGUGUGACUGGACAUAAGCUGUUUCAUGUGUCUUUGGGAUGUCCCCCAUGCCAUGGUGUUUUUAAUAAGAUUUUUUUACCUCAUUUUAAAUUUUAUAUCACUUCUCCAGACUGAAUUGGUCAAACAUUACCCUUCACUGUUGUAAUGAUUCCAUGUUUUGUCUGUUGAAAUGGUUUCUCUCUGAAAUAAAUUUUUUUAGCUUGA